AUGUUGUUAGAGUACAGCGGAACACAUCAAGUGAGUAGGUCCACACCGACACGAAUGGGCCAUCAAUCAAGCCUCAAAGAAGCCUUAAUUUUACUUUUGGCACUCUACGGCUUGAAGAGUACUUUUAUCCGGCCAUUUUUGCGCCCAAUUAUGCCACUCUCUAGCCAGGGCACCUGCCUCAUGGACAAGACACAAGCGAGUUAUUUUGCGCGAUCUACCAGAAUCGGACACUUUUACAGACCUUUCUGA